AUGGCCCAGCGCUUUGAACGCAGAUUUGGCAUCUGCUCUGACGACAUGAGCAAGACUACCGACAACGGCCAAGCACACGCCAUAAUGACUACAGCCAAGGAAUCGUUCAGCAAAAGGAUCUUCAUCCGUGGAGAGUCUUAA